AUGUCAGGUCGCAAAGAUGGGGGUGACUCCUCCAGCGACUCUGCGGCGCAAGACAGAAAGAGGUCAAGAGAAGAGCUCGUGGCCCUGAGGACGCAAGUUAGCUCGCUGACGGAUCAGAUGAGCCAGCUAAUGUCGCUAGUGGAAGAUACCAUGAAGGCAAGCAAGAAGGAGGAGCCAGCUGGCACCAUGGAGGGUGCCGCUGAUCGCGGCGAUGCUAGGGAGAGCGCCGCCGCGGAGUCCACGAACGCCGAAGGAGGGGCACCGUGGAUCGGGAGUGCGCAGGACGGGAGGUACCUGCGCGAACCUGUUCGAGAGUCUGGCCCGUCAGGGCGACAUAGUGGCGAAGCAGGGGGCUUUGUCCCCCAAGAGGUGAGAGUAGCCGCUGCUCACAACCAAGAUUGUCGUAGUGCCAUGGGAGAUGGUGGUGCUGCUGUUGGCUUGGGAUACGAAGCCACAACCCCAGCGACGGGGUACCAAAGUGCACGGUACACUUCUCCUCCGUUCAGCGGGAAAUCGAAAGAUUUCAACGGAUGGCUAAAUGAUUUCCGCAUGGCAGCUAAUGGCGCAAACCUGUCGGAACAAUUUGAAGAGAGCGGGAGCUUGGAGAUCCCCGUAAACAGCGGAACGAGCAAGUUGUCGCUGUCACAGCAGUACCGGAGCGAGCAAGUAGAGCUCGCAUUCCACGCGUGGAACUUCCUGUCUCACGCGUUUAAAGAAAAAUAUCGGAAAAUCAUGAAGAGUGCAGAGACGCCCCAGGGAGCUCUUCGUGAGCUCAAGACCAUACACGACCCUGAAUCAUCUGUACAGCCGUCAGAGGUCCUCGAGUUCCUGACGUCGACCAAGAUCUCUAGAGGUGAAAAAAACCCAAACGCCCUGAAUGAGAUGCUCCAAACCGCAAAGUCCAUAACCGAGAAAGGACUAACUGUCAACGAAACGUUCGUCCUUCACCUCUUCCUGGAUGCCCUUUCGGACGAGUAUGCCAUGACAAAGCACAACCUGCGACACGCGAAGGAGUUGACGCGGACCGGUGUGCUAAAGGAAGUAAUGAUCGAAUACAAGGCGAUCAAGGACAAGCUGGAGCAGGGGACAGAAAAAGGGGCGGAGGGCGCAGAGCAAGCGUACUUUACCGACGGUGAGGGCCGCAGGGAGCAGUACUCAAGUAGGAGUCAGGGGCAAGGUCGUGGUCGUGGCGGCGGCCGUGGCCGCAGCAGCAGUCGACGCUGUCUUCGUUGGCGGAGGAGGGCCACACGUAUUCGGGGAUGA